AUUUAAACCCGCACCAUGAUCUUUCCUGACCUGAACCAAGUAGAUUUGAAAGGCGACCCAAAGGGCCCCGAGCCGGCUCAUGAGGGAGCAGGGUUGGUGCAUGAUGUGGGCCUCGCUGUGCUGCAGGGGGGACGGGGUGCAGAGGUGGGCCUGCAGGGGGCAGUAGGCGGCACCGUGGUGCACAGAGAGGCCCGGGAGCAGCAAAGGAAGAGGAGGAGGAGGAAGAGGAAGAGGAGGGUCGGCGCUGUUAGCACGGUUACCGUGGAGACCGCCGUCCCCAGACAGGUCCACGCCGAGGUUGCCAUGGCGAACAAGGCGGAGCUGCACGCCUCAGACCACACCCCCUCCGCCGAGGAAGAGCUGCCUAAGCCCGCCGCACGCCGCCCCCGCCGCAGGGCCGCCGCCCCCUUAAGCAGGCGGGGUCAGAGAGGGAAGAGGCGGGGCCCCGCGGAGAAAAGGCGGGGCCCCGGCGAGAAGAGGCGCGGCCCCAAGGAGAAGAGGCGGGGCCAGGAGGAGAAGAAGAAGGAGGGCGUGACGGUGAAGAGGACGUGCAGCGACGGGAAGCGGCGCUGGGACAAGAAGCACUACUGCGUUUUCUGCCGCCGGCCGCAGGUAAAGAUCGCUCGCCACCUGCUGAGGAAGCACGCCGACCAGCAGGAAGUGGUGGCCGCCAGCACGCUGCCGACGGGCUCCAAACAACGCCACCUGCUGCUGGAGCACCUGCGCUGCAGGGGCAACUACCUGCACAACAUCGAGGUGAUCAGACAGGGCACAGGUGAGAUCGUCCCGUGGCGUCAGCCCUCAGAGGAAGUGGAUCCCAGGAACUACCUUCCCUGCCCGCUUUGCCUCGGCUUCUUCCUUCGCGCUGACCUCUGGAAACACCAGGCCUUCUGUCGUAAGAAGCUGACCUCUGACCCCUCCAAAGACCCCGCCUCCAAAGCAGAGACCACCUCUGACCCCGUGAAGGACGCAACCUCUGACUCCACAGGUAAGGCGGCCUCUGAUCCGGCAGACGACAGGACCUCCAAGUCCACAGAGGACACACCUUCUGACCCCUUAGAAGACACAAGCACAGCAGAUCAGACUGGGACCAAACGGCCCUUGACCUCUGACCCCGGUGUGGACCAGAACGUGAGCGCUAACCCUGGGGCGGACCGACCCAAGAAGCGCAUCAGGGUCCAGGCUGCAGCGUCUCGCCUCCUGCCGAUUUCCAGUGGAGCCUCAGAGAGCUGCAGCGAAGUCCUGCACCGCAUGAACCAGGACCAUGUCUCACACCAGGUGAAAUCUGAUUGGUUGAUUUGUAAAUAUGGAAACAAGUUGAUGGGGAACCAGGAUGGCAGCCAGAGGAGGUACGACUACGUCAGUCAGAAGCUGAGGGAGCUGGGCAGGUUGCUCCUGGCUGCUAAAUCUCUGGACUCCAGCAUUCAGACCCUCCAGGACCUCCUGGCUCCGGGUUGCCUCAGCCUGGCGUUGGCGGCUGCCAGAAAGGCAUCCGGAUACCGGUGGAGCCGCCCUCCGCUGGUGGUGAAGACGACGCUAAAAACAGUUUGUGAGAUUGCCAUCGGAGAGAGUCUGCAGGACGGAGACUGGGAGGCUGCAGCCAAGACCACCGAGUUUUACCACCUGCUGGGGAGGGACUGGGACAACCUGGGGCUGCUGAACCCUGAUCCCGACACAGCUGCUCCAGUUGGAGGAGCGAAGCCGAAGAAACGAUUGGUCCAAUCAAGAAAUGAGAAGGAGUGUAAAGAGCCCGGUGAAGAGCAGUCCGACCCAAGACCAGAGGUUCCGUCACAGAGCAGUAACAGACCAGUCACCUCCAUAAUUCCACCAGAGGCCAGACUGCAGACUCCUAUCACAGUCCCGGUGGCUCCAAGAAAGGUCCAGCGUCGCCCAUGGUCGUCUGCAGAGAAGGAGGCGGUCUGGAGACAGUUGGGAGUCCACGUAUUGGUCCAGUCAGUACCGGGGAAGGAGGUCUGUCAGCGGUGUCUUGACCUGGAGCCCGUUCUCAGAGGGCGACACUGGAAAGAUGUCAAAAACCAGGUCCACAACCAGAUCCAGAGCCAGAAGAAGCAACAGUUCCACGCCCAGAUGGACCUUCAGGAGAACCAGGAUCAACAAGACCAAAUCCAAAAUCAGAAGAAACAGCAGCAUUACCAGGCUGAAAUGCACCAACAGGACAAGGACAGCAGUCAGAAUAAGAAGAAACAGCAGUACCUGCCCCAGAUGGACCCCCAGGAGACUAUUCAGAAUCACAAGAAACAGCAGUACCUGCCCCAGAUGGACCCCCAGGAGACUAUUCAGAAUCACAAGAAACAGCAGUACCUGCCCCAGAUGGACCCCCAGGAGACCAUUCAGAAUCACAAGAAACAGCAGUACCUGCCCCAGAUGGACCCCCAGGAUACCAUUCAGAAUCACAAGAAACAGCAGUACCUUCCCCAGAUGGACCCCCAGGAGACCAUUCAGAAUCACAAGAAACAGCAGUACCUUCCCCAGAUGGACCCCCAGGAGACCAUUCAGAAUCACAAGAAACAGCAGUACCUUCCCCAGAUGGACCCCCAGGAGACCAUUCAGAAUCACAAGAAACAGCAGUACCUUCCCCAGAUGGACCCCCAGGAUACCAUUCAGAAUCACAAGAAACUGCAGUACCAUACUCAGAUGGACCACCAGGACCACCUUCAAAUUCACAAAAAGCAGCUGUGUCAUGGUAGACUAGACCCCCAGGACCAUAUUCAGAUACAUAAGAAGCAGCUGUACCAAAUGGACGCGCAGACCCAGGCACUGCAGACCACCCUGGAUCGGGACACUUCUAUUCUGACGGGUACACCAUAUGGACCUGACGGGCCACAUCGAGUCCCUGGACAGUCAUUGCUGGAGCGGGACCCUACCAUCAGUCCAUACCCACUUCCACAUAGGACCCUGGGCCCUCACAUGGACCAGUUGCUGUCCAGAACAGAGUGGACUGACGAGUCUUUGGCCCAGCACUACUCGCUCAGCAGGCAUCUGGACAGGAACCUGCUCCCGGAUGCGCCCACAGGAGGACCACCGCCCAAUCCACACUCUGGACAUGUUCACUUCUGAUGGGCCGGCCCACAGGGGCCCUCAGCAUUAAUGACUGUAUUAGAUAAGGUAGCAGAAGGCCUCUUUAAGCCAUCUGGUACAAGUCCCUGAACUUCCUAAAGUCUACCUUCUGAACCAGAGGAACCCCACGACCUGUAACUUCAGGUGUUACGUUUAAAAGAACAACUGCACUCUCUUACCAAACAGAACCUGCUGUAUACAACACAUAGGAACCCGUAGGGGGAACCUAGAACCUCACAGACUCAGGUUAUGAGCAUCUCCAGGUGACAGGUUGGUCAGUUCCUGUAGUGGACAGCAGCUAAACCACUACAGACCUGUCUGCUUGGUGGAGGGAGUCGAAGAAAGAAAGUCCACUAUGUGUAAAAGGUUAUAUAUUUACAGGUCUGCCUUUAGUAGCACUUGAUCCAAUCACCAUCCAGUAUUAUUGUUGUUGUCAUGUUCCUUUGUGUAUUCUCACUCAUGACUACCAGCUUUCUGCCCCUGAACCGAGGCCUGGACUACGAAGGGAGUGUAACCUACUCAGAUUUAACUCGGGGGUGACGAACUCUGCCUGCUACACUGGUGUUAAACUGUGACGGUGAAUAAGAAGUUGGGUCGCUGUAAACUGAACUGGUGCACGUUCACUGAAAAUCGACAUUUUGGGCCGUGCAGGCAGAGUUUGUUCACGCCGCAUGCUCCGUAUUUUCCCCAGAACAAGACCUGGUGAUUGUGUCAGGAUAUGAGGAGGUAAAAUAUGUGAAAACAUUUAUGCAGAUGGGCUACAGCCCAGAAACUGGCUCUGACAUGAAUAAAGAUCUCCUCCCUACAUGCUGAGGCUGCAGGGUUAACGUGUUGAGGAUAAGUUCAUUUCAGCUGUGUAGCCCACCUACACAGGGUAACCUCGAGUUAACCACGAAGAUAACCUGCUGGGAGCACUUUAGAGAUGCAGCGUGACAGCAGACCUCAGGUAACACCUGUCCCCCUCUUGUAGUACGGGUUAAUCAGGAGGUUACUCCUGCAGUUUCCUGGAUAAGUUACCUGCUUCGUAGUACAGGCCUCAGGUGUUUCGUGUCCAGUGUGUUCAGGUCUGGACUUUGUAUUUAUCACCAGUAGAUGGCAGCGUUCUCACUGACUCACUAAAUAUUUAAGCUUUCUACAGAAGUAUAAAAGCAUUUUCCAGA